AUGUUUGACCGACAAGACACAGGACAGUCGGCAGACGCAUCUUCCCAGCCAUCACUGUCAGCGACUUCAACGCCACCAAGCUCCACAACAGAAGGAGGGACGACAUCAGUUCGGCCGGCGCCGCUCCCGAACGACACUGGUCUUGCACAAUCUACGUCGAAGGGACAGGAUGGUGUGACUGUCCACUCACACGUCACUGUCACUGCGACCUCGAACGGCGCACCUCAAUCUACCGCCACUGCCGCUGCUGGUCCUACACUCAGUACCACCGCUAUCGCUGGCACAGCAGCAGGCGGUACCGUAGGUAUUGCGCUCAUCAUCGGCCUCAUAUUCCUCUUUAUGCGUCGUCGCAAACGCCAAUCUUCACUCGCGUCACCAGCAGAUAUAUGGGAGCCCUCUCGCAACACCAGCCCGAAGCCUAAGUUACCAAACGUACAAAACGAUUCGAGCUUCGGUCGAUACUCGGAGAUGGGAGCCGGUGUACCCGUGCGUCAGCGCUCGAAAGCCGAACUACACAGCGAGGAUAUGUCAUCACCACGUCCCCAAACUGGCUACUACAUGCCACCAGAAAUGAGUGGUGCGGGCAAUGAGAGCGCGCGAUACUAUCAAUCAGCACAACGACCUGAACCGCAUCGUCAUGGCAGCAAUAUGGACUCUCGAUACCCUGAGCUGAGUUCACACGCCGUAACAAGUAUGCCAUCACCCACGUCACCCAUCUCUCAAGCUUCGACAAUGCAAGGCUGGCAUGCAAACUCGCCUUCCGGCGCACCGACGAUCAGACUGAGCAGCGCUGAUCUUCGCAGCGAGGGAAUGAGAAGUCCAGUGAGUGAGCUCGGUACCCAUGCACCUCUGCGCUCCACGCGCUCGGCUGAGCUACAUGGCGCGGGUACCAUGAGUCCAAUGAGCGAGCUUGGUACUGAUAGCUUUCACGGUGUGGGUCACGGAGCGGCUGAGUUGCACAAUGAGCCUCUGCUUCCGCCGCAGAUAGAUUCGAGGAGCAAGGGAGAUGUGCCGGAUGGUGUUGUGGAGAUCGACGAUUCGGAUAUGCAUAGAGGACAUCGACCUGGGGUUUCUACGAACUUCUGA